UAUAUUUCAGGGAACUUUGGUUCAAAGAAUAUAUUCAUUUAUCAAGACAAAAUGUUUCUUAUGAACUUACUUACGGUAACAACGCUUAUAACUCUGUCAAAAUCAAGACCCUUGUCAUAUUAUUUAACCCACCAAAGAAGAGAUGCUCCUACUGAUGGAGCAGGAGGAGGAGAUUAUGAUGAUGGAGUAUUCGUACCGUACAUUAUCGACGAAAAAGGAUUCUCUGCCAACGAAUUUUACUGGCCACAGGAUGAAAAUUUAAAAGUAAAUGAUUCAGUAUCUGGUAUCGAUCGGGGUAAAAGAAUUCAUUCUCUCUCGGUAACAAAUUCGCUGGACGUACUUCGAGACCGUGUUUUAUUGGAGCUGGCACGCAGAAAAGCUCAGCAGGAAAAAAUUCAGAUAGACGCAAAUCGUCAUUAUUUGGAUAAUAUUGGUAAACGCUCCAAUCAAUAUAUUAAAAUGGAUUUGCCCCAAAUAUUUGAACCUAAAAACAUUAAAAUACCUCAAAUAUUUGAUCAUCAAUUGAUUGGAGAUCAAUCGGAGUUUAACAACUAUUACAUGGCUAAAAAUCCCCUUCCUCUUGACUCUACUCUUACUCUUGAUUGGUACAACAAUCUAAAUGAUGUCAGUCAGUACAAUCUAAAUGACCAGAUACGAAAGAUUAAAAAGAACAACAAAAUUCGUUUAUUGUAA